GCGAAAGAGUGAAUUAUUUGAAUUUUAUUAAACGAAUAUGGUGCAAAACAUGUAUAAAAUAUUAUAACCACGUAUACUUUGUUAUUAUUUAAUUAGGUAUAUAUCUAUUGUUAAAUAGUGUACUCGUAGUGCAUAGCGCAAUAGCGAGCAGCGUCUCAAAUAGUCGAUUGUCAUUUAUAUUCUAUGUGAUUUAUUCAAAUAUUAUUUAAACUAUGUAUGUAUUUCGUACCGUUGUGUGAAGUUAUUGUAACAGGAAGUACACUGGCCAGUCUACGCUCCACAACCACAUUUUAACACAGUUCAUAAGACCCGGCGUCACGGAUAAAGACCACGAUGGCUUCGCGUUUCUGCGCUCUUUUGAUCACUUUUGGCGUGUACCACGCGCUGUCAUCGCCGCAGCCGAUGGCCGGUGCUGCGAAUAUCCUGGCGGUACACACGAUCGCGGGAAAGAGCCACUGGAACAUGAUGCGGACCGUGCUGCAGGUGUUGACCGACCGUGGCCACUCCGUGACUGUAUUCACGCCGUUCGCGGACAAUGACAGGGACGGUUACACGGUGGUGGACGUUUCCGGUGACCUGGAAUCGAGGGUUGACUUGAACGUGUCGCGAAUUAUCACGUCCGCACGCCCGUUAAUCGCUUACAUCGUGAACGCCUUGCGAGUUAACUGUGGAACCAUAUUCGAACACCCACGGAUGCAAGAAAUUCUGGAAGGCCGGUCCCGACCAUUCGACGUGGUGAUCGCCGAGGCUUUCUGGUCGGAUUGCGUGUCGUACGCGGCUACCGUUCUUCGCGUUCCCGUCAUAUACGUCGUCCCUUCGCCAAUCGUCACGCACGUGGAGCGUUCGUUCUUCGGUCACGUCCCAAACCCCGCGGCCGUCUCCAACUUGUUGUCAAGACGCGGCGUACCAAAAACGUUCGGUGAACGUUUCACCAAUACGCUGCGUAUGAUUUCCAGUUCGUGGCUGGUUUGGACCAACGAACGGAGGCUCCGGAAAUCCGACCCGCGACCGUUUGACGCUAUGGACCGGGUCAGACCGUCGUUGACUUUCACCAACACGCACUUCAUCACCGAACCUUCUAGGCCACUGACACCGGACAUCGUACAAAUCGGCGGCAUACAUCUAACUCCACCAGGACCGAUACCAAAGGACAUUUUGGAAUUCAUUGACGACGCGCCUAACGGAGUGAUUUACUUCACGUUCGGUACGGUGGUUUCGAUGGCAUCGUUACCGGAAAAUGUACUGAAAGUGUUAAAAGAGGCAAUCGCUCAGGUUCCGCAAAAGGUUUUGUGGAAAUACGAAGGUGAAAUGGCAGAAAAACCGAAGAACGUGAUGACGCGGAAAUGGUUUCCACAACGCGAUAUACUUUGUACGUGCCGUUAUGUGGAGUAUACGAAGCUGUAGACGCAGGUGUGCCCUUACUAGGAUUUCCGAUUAACUACGAUCAACCGAGAAAUAUUGACAAUCUGGUCGACGCCGGAAUGGCGAUCUCUAUGGAUCUUUUUUCUGUAACUAAAGACACGGUUUUUAACGCCAUUUCGG